AAUCGACCCGAAUUCACCGAUCAACACUAGCCCGCCUUUGAUAAAAUAAUCAUGUUCGGAGUUUAGUAGAUCCGAUAAUCCUCCCGGUUACUACCAUUCACGCUAUGACUGGUACGUAAACAUUUAGCGCAUCGAAGCGUGCAACUAAUCGCGCCAGAGCAGCCGCUGAAACAAGGAGAAAUGGCGUCCGCGGACGUGGACAGCAGUCAAAGCGAGUUUCUGCAACCCGGCGGCGCAGCGGAAACACAGACGACAGAUAUGUCAGCCAUUCAGCUGACGGGUUCGGACCGAUGGGAGGUGUUAACUCCUGUUUCAACUGGGAAGGAAGACCAGGGAGUCCUUCACAUUCCAAACUCUGGGAUUGUCACGUCCAACGGGCAGUACGUGCUUCCUAUUGGGAGUCUUCCCAGCCAGCCCAUUUAUGUUACAGCAUCUGGGAGUGAGGCGGCAGCCAAUGGAGUGUCGGGCAUUCAGUAUCAGGUCAUACCCCAAAUCCAAAAUGCAGAUGGGACACUUGCAGGGUUCUCAACACAGGGGUUGGAUGACGGCACGGGGCAGAUCCAGCUCCUCCAAGAUGGCAGCCAGGGCAGCAUCGGAAUCAGCUGUGCGACAACGGCGACCACAGACCUCCUGACACAGACGGGACAAGUUCAGUCAAUCCAAGGCGUCUCGCUGGCGGGGGGUUCAGCGUACACUGGCACAGUACCUGUAGGCCUGCCCAGCAACAUAACUUUCGUCCCUAUAAACAGCGUAGAUCUGGAGUCGCUCGGCCUGACUGGAGCGCAGACGGUCCCCAUCGCAACAGGGGUAACACCUGAAGGUCAGCUCAUCAUGAGCAGCCAGGCGCUGGACAGUCAGGGCCAGGACGCCGGCGUCAAACAGUCACUGGUGACGGUGAGCGACCCUAACGCCAACCAAGAGCUCUACGUGCCAACCACCACCACUUCCUCCUCCAACUCCUCCCACCUCCCCGAGACCAUCGAUGGCACCGGGGUUCUCACGCAGGCAACCGCCGUGUCCGCAGGCGUGUCUGAUCCCUCGUCCUCGGAAAACUACAACUCUCACAACCACCUGCAGCAAAUCCAGGUGUCGUCUGCCAACGCCACCACUAUCUCGCAACCCAUCCUGCAGCUGUCGGGGGACAGUCAGGCGCAGGUAGCCCAGGUGGCUCAGGGCCAGGACCUGACUGCAGCAGGUCAGACUCUCCAGAGUGUACAGCUGGUCAACCCAGGGACCUUUCUCAUCCAGGCCCAAACUGUCACUGCUACUGGCCAGAUCCAGUGGCAGACCUUCCAGGUUCAGGGUGUCCAGUCACUCCAGGGGCUCCAGCUGCCCCAGGGGCAGGGCCAGGCCCAGCAGUUGACCUUAGCCCCAGUCCAGACACUACCCCUGGGCCAGACAGGCCAGGUCAGCCUACCCAACCUCCAGACGGUCACAGUUAACUCCGUAGCACAAAGUGGAGUUCAGUACACACAGGGAGAGGAUGGAGGCAGUCCAGCCGGCAUCCAGAUAAAGGAGGAGCCGGACUCUGAGGAGUGGCAGCAGCAACUGAGUGGAGAGUCCACGCUGAACCCCAGCGACCUGAACAACCUGCGUGUUCAGAUGGGAGAGGAGGACAUGGAGAUGCCGAGCGGGGAGGGCAAGAGGCUCCGCAGAGUAGCCUGCACAUGCCCCAACUGCAAAGAGUCUGGAGGAAGAGGUUCAGGCAUGGGGAAGAAGAAGCAGCACAUCUGCCACAUCGCUGGCUGCGGGAAGGUUUACGGGAAGACGUCUCAUCUCCGAGCUCACCUGCGCUGGCACAGCGGAGAGAGACCCUUCGUCUGCAACUGGAUGUUCUGCGGGAAGAGGUUCACCCGAAGCGAUGAGCUGCAGAGACACAGAAGGACACACACAGGAGAGAAGAAGUUCGUGUGCACGGAGUGCUCCAAGAGGUUCAUGCGGAGCGACCACCUGGCCAAGCACAUAAAGACUCACCAGAAUAAAAAGGGCGGCGUCCCCUCCUCCACGUCUCCGCCCAGCACCGACGCCGUCAUCACCGCCGACGGAACCACGCUCAUCCUCCAGACCGCCACCACCCACGACCUCGUAGCCAAUCAGGAGAUCCCUUUGCAGUUGGUCACCGUGGCGCCCGGUGAGGUCAUGGAAUGAGGGGGCGAUUGGGGUGAGGUGGCUUUUUGAGAACUAGCCUGCCACAGGGACCUCUUGGGCUUUUUCUCCCUCUUCCCCCCCUUUUUUUUGUUUUAGGUUUUUUUUUUGUUUUUUUUUGUUUUGUUAUUUUUUUUUGGUUUUGUUUUUUUUUUUACAUAUGAAUAUAUACGUAAAUAUAUAUGACAAAUAUAUAUAUUUUAAGUAAGAGUUAUCUUGACUUUGUUUUUUGCAGUCUUUUUAUAGGCGGGCAAAAAGAAAUAACAUUAAAAUGUGGUUGCUAUGUACACAUGCGUAAACACACUCACUCACACACACACACACACACACACACACAAACGAGAAAAACACGCAUUAACACUCAAGACGACACGACAUGAGUACUCAACACGAUGAAAUGCCUUAUUUUGUAUUAUACUCUUGUAUAAAAUGCUGGAGGUGCAUGUGUUCUUUUUUUUUGUUUUAUUUUUUAAAGCUUUGCAGAUGAUGUAACUGUAAUGGAGAUAAAUGUGUUUGUGAAAUGGAGGAGAUGAAUUUUUGGGAAGAAGGAAAGGAAGUAGUGAACCUCUUCGGGACGACAGAGUUUUUGGUCUCCGUGGAGUUCUGACGAUGCCGAGCGCUCUGUUUGAAGCAGCGCCGACGUCCACGCCGAACUGCUGCACGUCUGCUUCUGUUGUUAAAGGAAUAGGUCGACAUUUUGGGAAAAGAUUCGCUGUCUUUGCUUGGAGUUUGAUGCCACAAGCAGCCCCAGCACAAAACCUGGGAAAGACUGUCCAAAGAGGGUAUCAGCACCUCAAAAAGCUCAUCAGCUGUAUCUCAAGACUCCAGGAAGUAACCUUCCCCCCAACCAGAGCAUAGUCUGGUACCACCUCACACAGAAUGGUGAAUUGUCCUUAUUAUACUUUGGUUUUUGUACCAAAUUCAACAAACAAACAUGUUGAUGAGUUUUAGAGGUGCUGGUAGACAAAGAAAGGCCCUUUUCCAGUUUUUAUGUUAAUGUUACUCUGCUGGCAGUGACUUUGGCGAGACAUGAAAUAGGCGCAUUUUCCAACAUCUGCUCUUUCUUUGAUAAAUAUGCAGCAGCUGUCGCCCAAUCACUGACAGCCAAACCUGGCAGCGGCGCCGACGUCAUGCUGCCACAAGCAGAGCGCAGGUUCAGCUGAUGGUCAGAGUAGGACGACAGUGCCACCGUUAACUGAUCUGAAGUUGUUUUCCACUUGGUCUGGGAGGGGGGAAACAGAUGCAAGCCGCUCUGGGGACAAUAAGGAGCAACUUCUUCCAGCAUCGGGUCAGUCGGAGCAGAAUGUCCCAUCUGUCCUCACGAGCACGCCGUCCGCUGUGCUUAAACCACGUUUAAAAGGAAACACGUCUCUAUUUGUUUCUCUCUCUUUUUUUUUUUUUUCCUUUUUAGCAUAUUUUUGUUGUAAAUUCACGUGUAUUUCAGUUUUCCAUGUCUCUUCACUGAUCUGGGUGUCGUCUAAAUCGAAAAGCCACACGGCGGUGAUCACAGAUUUUAAAAAAAGUGGACAGUGGUUAACCUCUGGAUUCCUGCAGGGCUCUUUAUUGUCACUGUCAGCUGCGCACGCACGGCUGCAGGAGGAGAACGUUUCGGCGAUGUCGCCACGCGAAGACAAACGGAUGCAACGAAUCAGCGGCCCCUCCAGGGCAGUUUUUGUCAUCCAACAUUCCAGUUGGGCGUCAGAUGAUGUGGGAUUAUUAUUAUUUUUUUGCAAUAACUGCUCUGUUGGAGAUUCUGGCCUGAUGUCACUCACGUCAAAAAGGAAAACAAUCAUGCCAUUGUUUGAUGUUUUAUUUUUUUUUUUUAAUUUUAAUUAAUGUAAUCCCUUCCUCAGUUUGUCCUCAUGUUUGUAGCAUUCAUUUACAUGUAUAUUAUCUUAUUUUCCACAUUGUUUAUAGAAGCCAUUACUUAGUUAACUGAAUUUGUUGUAUCAAACCCUUAUUUUAAGUGAUUUUUUUUUUAAUGAAUUGGUGUAAAAAUUGAAUGUUACCUUUUGUAAAACCUUUUUUCAAAUGGAUCACAAUAAAAGUCUGAAACCUU